AUGUCGAUUGCAUACUUACUGCAGCAAGUAGCGCUGUUGUCCUUGCUUGUGUGCAUGCCGUCCAAUGUGAUUGGCGACUUUAUACAGAUAAAAGAAAACGUUGGGAUUGCCUUGCCUGUUCCUGUUUACUUGGGCUGCCAAAAUAAUGUCUCUGACUUUGGAACAAGAGAGACCAUACUACCCCAAGGCGCAGACAUGCUCAGAAACUGUGUUGCCUACUGCAAGCACUACAGUAUCAUUGGAAUACAGAAGAGCAAUGGAAAUAGCACAGCUUGUAAAUGCAAAAAUGAUACUGAAACCAGUGAGAUUGAAGAGAAGCAGCAGGAGGGGCAGUGUCAGGCAACAGAUCUCUUGGCUGUGUACAAGGUCUCCACAACACCUGGAAUGUCAGUUGAACAGAAACCCACAGCCUCAGAGAAAGACAAUGAGAGCAUCAAGGCACAUCCAAAGUCCAGGAGGAAGAGGUCCCUCAGGAGAAGAAGACCUAGAAGGAUGAGAAGGAGGAAGAGGAGAAGGAGAAGGAAUCCUCUAAGGAAAAGGUCAUCAAGGAAGAGAAGGAGAAAAAAUCCUGUAAGGAAAGGGUCAUCAAAGAGGAGAAGGAGAAGAAAUCCUCUAAGGAAAAGGUCAUCAACGAGAAGAAGGAGAAAGAAUCCUGUAAGGAAAAGGUCAUCAAGGAGGAGGGGCAUAAGAAAAAGAACUUCUGGAAGAAAAAGGAGGAGGAGGUAUAGGAAGCGUGGAAGGUCUCGCAGAAGAAGAAAAACAAGGAAAAGGAGGAAGAGAAGGAGGAGAAAAAGAAGACGCAGAAAGAACAAGAGGCAGCAAAGACAGAAAAAUCGAGCAAGUCGGACUUUGAAAAAUGCUAGACUGUACAUUAAGUCAAAAAAGGCAGCGGUAGUUGGAAAUAAACGACAAAGGGUUAAACAAAGGAAAGGAAACAGAACUAGGAAAAGUCAGGUCAACAAACCUCGUUCUUUAGCUAAGCAAAGAAGUGGAGGAAAAACUAUCAGUAACAAAAAGACAAAGACCAGUGUCAACAGUCCGACUAAAAAGGAGUUAAAGUCUGUGAUUGCUCGUCAGUCAGGUGUCAAACCUGGCAGUCAGAAUCUUCAGAUAAGGAGAAAGACCACUAUGACAGGCAGGAGCAUCUCUCUAAAAAAAAGAGCAGGCAAAAAGAAACACCAUUUCAGCCUUAGUGAUUUUGAUGAAAAUUGUGAGACAAAAUCUACAGAGUGA